AUUCGAUUCGGAAAACUUCCCUUCUUCUUUAGAUGUCAUUUAAAUAGUUACAUUUUUUUUUAAAAAAAAGUGUAUUAACAUUUAAUAUAACAGUCCACAAACAUAUGAGUUUAAAUUCAACUUCUAUAUCUCGCAACAAAAAAACAAAUUAAAUCGCAGCUAGCUAACAUAUAUUGAGCUAAAAUUGUUUUUUUCGUUACGACUUACGAGAUGUAAAAGUUACAUUUUUAUUUAUAUGUUAGUGGAGUAAUAUAUUAUAUGUUAAUAUAUUUUCUUAAUUUUUGGUGCAAGGAUAUCGCCUUGAGGAAUCAAAAUCCACUUGCAUUCGAUUCCUCGCUUAUAAAGCGGGAGACCAGUGCACGCCUCGCCGCGCCCGCGAGCUCGUCGUCGUUAGCUUUGCUUCGUGGCGACAUCGUCGAGCUCGCUUGCUUGGUUGGUGAUGGAGAUGGAGCUAGGGUUGGGAAGGUACUGGGGGGUUGGGAGGAGGCGGUGCGGCGCGUGCGCGGUGGCGCCGGCGGCGGUGCACUGCCGGACGUGCGACGGCGACGGCGGCGGAGGUGGGUAUCUGUGCGCGGGGUGCGACGCGGAGCAUGGGAGGGCGGGGCACGAGAGGGUGUGGGUGUGCGAGGUGUGCGAGCUCGCGCCGGCGGCGGUCACCUGCAAGGCCGACGCGGCGGCGCUGUGCGCCGCCUGCGACUCCGACAUCCACGACGCCAACCCGCUGGCCCGCCGCCACGAGCGCGUCCCCGUGCAUCCGAUCGGGUCAUCCGCCGCCCCGCCGCCGGACGCGCUCCUGCUCGGCGGGGAGAACGACGCCGCUGCCGCCGUCGACGGCGGCGGCGGCGGCAAGGAGGUGAAGCUGGACUUCCUGUUCGCCGACUUCAUGGACCCGUACCUCGGCGGCUCCCCCGAGCUCGCGCGCUUCCCUCACGCCGACAGCGUGGUGCCCAACCACAACGGAUCGGCCGGUCCCGCGAUGGAGCUGGGCUUCGCCGGUGGCGGCGGCGCCGCCGUCAAACCGUCGUACAGCUCCUACACGGCGGCUUCCCUCGGCAACAGCGGCUCGUCGUCGGAGGUCGGGCUGGUGCCGGACGCCAUCUGCGGCGGCGGCGGCGGCGGAAUCAUCGAGCUCGACUUCGCGCAGUCCAAGGCGGCCUACCUGCCAUACGCCUCGACCCCUAGCCAUAGCAUGUCCUCGUCGAUGGAUAUGGGCGUGGCGGCGCCGGAGAUGAGCGACUGCGCGGCGGCGGCGGCCGGGAGGGCGUACGCGGCGGAGGGGAGAGCGGCGCGGCUGAUGCGAUACCGGGAGAAGCGCAAGAACCGGCGGUUCGAGAAGACGAUCCGGUACGCGUCGCGCAAGGCCUACGCCGAGACGCGCCCCCGCGUCAAGGGCCGCUUCGCCAAGCGCGCCGACGACCACGACGCCGCCGCGCCGCCGCCGCAGAUCAUGCUCGACUUCGCCGGCUACGGCGUCGUGCCUACCUUCUAGUGUUCUAGCUCAUCGAUCUGAACGUUUUUUGAGCUGGCAAAUUGAUCAAGCUGGCGUUGCAUACGUACAACGUAGUACUUCAAUUCACCAUGCAUAGGAUUAGCCAAAGUUCUAGUUGAUCACAAUUCACAAACUUGAAAGUUUUUUUUACCUAGCCUGAUUGAGUUUUAGGCUAGUUUCUGCAAUCGUGUUUGCUAGAACGGCUAUAACUAGUUGUAGUUAAUCUGGAUUUUCUGUAUGUAUGGUGUUUUGUAGUACCGAUCUGAUGAUGAUGAUGAAGAAAAAUAUUUGGGCAAAAUCGAUCGAUCUCAUCCAGUUUCUAAUUAACAUGCAUGCGAUCGAUCGAUUGCGCGCGAGAUCUGGAUUGAGAUUAA